AUGAAUCGAAAUUUGUCUCUCAAUCACUUUCAAGAUCCAAAACACCACAGUCGAAUAGAUGAAGUUCAGGCACGUGUCGCCCUCCAGUGCCCAGCCUGUGCCAUCACCCUCCCGGAUCAAUCGUCGUGGCUCCAACACGCCAGCGACAGGCAUCCUGGUGAACAUAUUAUCCCGGAAAUACCCGGUAAACCCAAUGAGAAGCUGGGCUACUGUACUGUCUGCAAUAAUCGCUUCCCUAUGGACAGCUGGAACAACCAUCUCUCCGGAACGUAUCACAUCAGAACUCAACUCAUCGUACUAUGGAGAACGGAGUAUGAACAGGAGACCGCCCUUCGAGAAGUGGCGACCAUGUCACACCCCGAAGGCUUGGACUUCGGGCUUGUAGAUCUGGAACACGCGUCGACGACCCAGGACUCGCGUGUCGUGCUCAUGGUUCCGAAGACCGCUGGAUUGGUCAUCCGCAAAAUAGCGGCGUACCCCAAUGCUGGCAACAACAAGCCAUCCAAAUCGUACGUCUUCAGCUUUACCGUCUCAUGGCCUCUGCAAGAAGACACACUGACGCCGCUCGAACCCGUCGAGAUAACAGUGCACUUCAACCCCAAUCACCGCGGCAAAUUCGCCGAGGUUUUGGCCAUUGAUCUCGAGUCGACAACGGGCCCAAUUCAGGGCACCUUUCGGGUUCGUCGGAAGCUAAUGGCGAUGGUCGGCCGCGCGGAGGACCACAAGCUUUUGCAGGCGUCGAAGAAGUUCGUUAAGCAGAAGCGUACACGAUGGAGACACGGGGGAGCGACCGUUGAAGGAGAGCGACCUCCGGAGGCUGUCGACUCCGCACCAUGGGUACAAUCUCUCCCAAAGGCGUGCGUUCCCAAGGCGCUCUCGGAUCUCCUAUCAAAAGGAGCAACGCGAACAGUACUCCAGCAAUUAGAAGAAAUGUACUUUGCAAAUGAGCUGUCUCUCGAGACUCACCUGGAUCACUUCACGCAUCUAUUAUGGGCGGAGGAGGCCCGCAUCAUAGACGAUUUACGCAUGUAUGACAUGCGUUCUGUAAAGUUCAGGAGAGAAUCCGGACGGCUUCACACCGUCAAUGUUCCUGGACUUGCAGAGAAACGACCAAGCGUUGUCGUCGGCGACAUCAUCCUCGCCCAGGCUUUGCGCAAAGCGGAUUCCACCGGACCAACGCAUCGAGGAUUCGUACACAUUGUGCGAAACGAAGAUAUCUGUGUAUCGUUCCACUCGUCCUUUGAUGGUGCCUCACGGUACAACAUUCGAUUCGAGUACAACCGCAUCCCUCUUCGUCGGCAACAUCAAGCUUUAUCGGUACCGUCUCUUUCUGCCCAGCGACUUCUGUUCCCGCACCUAGACGACCAAGGGAUCUUAAGCACCCCUCAACCCGACAACAUUACGACCUUCAACCCUCUCGUUGCUUUGAACUCGGCCCAGCUGCAGGCUGUCAAGCUGAUCGUGAGUCUCCAACCGGUGGCGCCCCCGUUCGUGAUCUUCGGCCCUCCCGGAACCGGGAAGACCAUCACGCUGGUCGAAUCAAUUCGUCAAGUCCUCCACCGCGAUCCCACCACGAAGGUCCUGGCCUGUGCGCCCAGCAACAGUGCGGCCGACCUCAUCGCUCAGAGGCUCUCCGUGGCUCUCACGCCCAACGAUAUGUUCCGGUGCAACGCGAUCCACCGCAUCCAGAGGCUCCUGCCUGCUGACCUUGUCCCUUACUCGCUCUUCCGUGGCCACCUCUUCGCGUUGCCGUCGCUCGAGCAACUCUGCUCCUACAGGGUGAUCGUCUCCACGUGCGGCAACGCAUCGUUCCCGUACAACGUAGGGAUGCCUACCGGCCACUUCUCCCAUAUCUUCGUAGACGAAGCAGGGCAGGCGUCCGAACCUGAAGUCUUGCAAGCGAUCAAGAUCAUCUCGAGCGCGGACACGCGCGUCGUCCUCGCGGGGGACCCCAAGCAGCUCGGGCCGGUCAUUCGAUCGAGCAUAGCCCGCCACUUCGGGCUCGCGAAGAGCUACCUCGAGAGGAUCAUGGAACAGUCGGUGUACACGAGCGCGAUGGCGCCCAACCGCGCCUUCGUCAAGCUCGUGAAGAACUUCCGGUCUCACGAGGCGAUCUUGCAAUACCCCAACAACCAAUUCUACGACGGCGACUUGGAAGCGUGCGCCGAUCCGGAGGCUACCGACGCCUUCCUCGGUUCGGCGCAGCUCGUCAACCUGCGCUUUCCGGUGGUGUUCCAGCAUGUCUCGGGCGAGAACGAGCGCGAAGCCUCUUCUCCCUCGUACUUCAAUAUUCUUGAGGCGACGGAGACUGUCGAGCGCAUAAAGCUGGUGCUUCGUGACGCUGCCCACCCCGUUCGUCCCGAAGAUAUCGCCGUUAUAACCCCGUACUACGCACAAGCACGGAAGAUACGCAUGCUUCUUAAGACGUCAAAGAUCGAAGGCGUCACUGUUUGCAGUGUGGAGCAAAUCCAAGGCCAAGAACGUCCCGUCAUCUUCAUCUCCACCGUCCGGAGCAGCCGGGACCUGCUUUCGUACGACGCCAAGUUCACGCUGGGCUUCGUCAGCAACCCGCGUCGCUUCAACGUGGCCGUCACCCGCGCCAAGGGCCUCCUGGUCGUCAUCGGCGACUCGGACGUGCUCUCGAUCGACCCGGUCUGGCGCGGAUUUUUGAACUACGUCCACCAGCACGGCGGGUGGAGCGGCGACGAGCCUGGUUGGGACACGAGCGCUCCUGUGGACGCAAACUUCGACUAUGCGGCGGAGAUCCGGGAGGCGGCGGCGAACGACAUGGACGCGCUCAUCGCGCGGCUUGCGGAGGGUCAUGACGUGGAAGCAGAGGCUAACGUCGAACGGCCGUUUGUGGAGGAAGACUGA